UUGAAGAAGUAAAAAGCGAUUAGACUUCUUUAUACAUAUCAUAAUAUAUGAAAUCCAAUUAUGAAUCAUCUAGCUAACAAUUCUUACAGUGAGAAUGAAAGCGAAGAACAAAACUUGGAUCUUAGUGAUUUAGUUGGAAAUUUCGGUAAAUGGCACGUAAUAAUUAUGUCAAUCGCAGCGUAUGUAAGCUUACCUGGUGCAUGUUACAAUAUGAGUAUGGCUUUCCUCGCUCCCAACGUCGAUUACUGGUGUGAAAAUUCAUUCGAAUAUUUUAAUUUGACAACAGAAAAAUGGAAAAAUCACAGCAUUCCUGUUGAAAUAAUUAAUACUGUGAAAAUAUCGAACACGUGCAAAAUGUAUGGUUUAUCAAUUGAGGAAAAUACAAGUCAAAUCGCGUGUACAUCGUUACGUUAUGAUCACACCUUCUACAGAUCGACGAUAAUCGAAGAAUGGGAUCUGGUAUGCGAAAGAGCUUGGUUAGCUUCUUUAGCGCAGUCUCUUUAUUACUUUGGAUUUUUGAUAACUGGUUUACUUGGUGGACAAUUGUCUGACAGGUACGGAAGGAAACCUAUUUUCUAUAUUAGUGUAGCGUGGACGUUUCUUUUCGGAUUGAUAAGUGCAUUUUCACAAAACUUUUGGAUGUUUGCAGUUUGUAGAUUUUUCCUUGCUAUAGGAAGAAUGACUACAUUUUUAACAAUAUAUACACUGGUAAUAGAAACAGUUAGAAAAGAACACAGAGUAAAUGUGCGCUUAGUAUGUUUUGCUUCGUGGAUAUUGGGACAGAUGUUUCUCGUUACACUUGUAUGGAUUUUCAGACAUUGGUUUUAUAUAGAAUUGAUACCUGCUUUAUGUUAUUUAAUUAUCCUUCCUUUUUGGAGGAUAAUGCCAGAAUCUCCAAGAUGGCUUCUUUCUCAAGGAAGAAUUGAUGAAGCUGAAGAAAUACUUGAAAGAGCUGCGAAAUUGAAUAAAAGAAAAAUAGAAAAUUUGAGUUAUAAAUUAAAAAUGAUUUCAGAAAGAAUUAUAAAAGAGAGCAAAGGAAAAGAUAAUAAACAAGUUACUGUUUUGGACAUAUUAAAAUAUCCUAAUUUAAGAAGACUUACAUUAAUUUUAUUCAUUGUUUGGAUAUCGAAUGUAUUGUCGUAUUAUGGAUUGGCAUUCUCGGCUGAUGAUAUUGGAGUAGACAGCUUGUCAUUUUAUUUAUUCGUCGCUCUAAUACAAAUACCAGCCUGUAUGCUUUAUUUUUACAUUCAACGAUACGUUACUAGAAGAUUUAUGUUAAUUGCUCCAAUGACAUUGACUGGAUUGAUAUGCCUUAUAGCUAUUUCUGUCCCAAAAGAUUAUUCGAUAAUUCUUAUUAUUUUAACUGUUAUAUCGAAAUUUGGUAUGGCAAUAUCAUUCAUAUCCAUAUAUUUACUGCCUGCCGAGAUCUAUCCAACUGUUGUACGUAACGUUGGUUUAGGAUUGUGCUCAAUGAUGGGUCGCAUAGGCGCCAUAGCGGCUCCAUUUAUGAAGGAAGCGGCAGUCCACGUACACAGAGUUUUUCCUCUCGCUUUAUUUGGAGGAAUUUCUAUACUUGGAGCUCUAUUGGUAAUAUUCUUGCCGGAGACGAAAGAUUUGGAAUUAACCGAUACAUUGGCUCAAAGUGAAAAUACUGGAAGAUUUGGAAGAAAGCGUACAUUUUACAUAUGUGUGGUAUGGACGUUUAUCUUCGGUAUGAUAAGUACAUUUUCUCAAAAUUUCUGGAUGUUUGCCAUAUGCCGAUUUUUUCUUGCACUGGGAAGAGCAUCUUCGUUUUUGAUUAUCUAUGUAUUGUCAACGGAAGUGGUUGGAAAAGAAUAUAGACUUUUGGUUGGAUUAUUUGGUACAGCUGGAUGGGCAUUAGGGCAGAUGAUUCUUCCUGGGCUUGUGUGGCUUUUCAGAGAUUGGUUUCAUAUUGAAUUAAUAUCUGCUUUGUCUUUCAUAAUUUUCUUUCCAUUGUGGAGGAUAAUUCCGGAAUCUCCAAGAUGGCUUCUUUCCCAAGGUAGAGUUAACGAAGCUGAAGAAAUACUCAGAUAUGCUGCCAAGUUGAAUAAAAGAAAUGUAGUCAACUUAAAUGAAAAAUUACAAUCGAUAUCAGAAAAGAUUAUGAUAGAGAGCGAAGGAAAGGAUAAUAAACAAAUAACAUUUUUGGAUAUAAUGAAAUGUCCUAAUUUAAGAAGAAUAAGUUUAAUUUUAUAUACCGUUUGGAUAUCGAAUGUAUUGUCGUAUUACGGAUUGUCAUUCUCAGCUGAUGAUAUUGGAGUAGACAGCUUAUUAUUCUUUUUUCUCGCUGCUUUAGUAGAAAUACCAGCAUGUGUGCUUUAUUUCUACUUUCAGCACCAUAUUGGUAGGAGGCUCAUGCUAAUUAUUCCCAUGGUGAUAACCGGAUUAAUAUGCCUUAUUGCUAUUUCUGUUCCAAAAGAUUUUUCAAUCAUUCUAAUUGUUUUAAGUGUUGUAUCAAAGUUCAGUAUGUCGAUAUCAUUAAUUACCAUAUACUUAUUACCCGCUGAGAUCUAUCCAACUGUUGUACGUAAUGUUGGUUUAGGAUCAUGUUCAAUGAUGGGGCGCUUAGGAGCAAUAGCGGCUCCAUUUAUGAAAGAAGCAGCAAUCCAUGUACAUAGAGUCUUUCCUCUUGCUUUGUUUGGAAUAAUAUCUAUAUUUGGAGCUCUAUUGGUAUUAUUAUUACCAGAGACAAAAGAUUUGAAAUUGACUGAUACCUUAGCACAAGGCGAACAUGUAGGAAGAUGUACAACUUAUGUUCUUGUAAAGAAAUCAGAAAAUCAAGAAGCAGUGGAGGAUAAUAGUACAGCAAAUAAGUUAAUUUAAAAUAUCCAAUAAUAAUUAAUGGAAAUGAAAUCGGUAUAUCUCAUAUUUCUUCGAAAAAUGCAUUACAAAACAUUAAACUUCAUCACGGGUAAAUUGUUAGAAAAAAAAUAAUAAAUAUGAAUAGUCAUUUGCAUAAAAUUUUAUUAAAAAUCUCAAAUGCAAGGACUCCAAAUUAUGUUCAGUUGUAAAAAGUAUUGAGCAUGUUGUGUUGAAGUUGUUAUAUUUUUGUAAUAUUCAGUUAUUUGCAUCAUUAACUUUUUGUCUAUAAUUUACACUAAAGUAGGUUUGCAGUUUUUAAAUACAAAGACAAUAAACUAAAUCAAAGUGAAGCCCUUACUUUCUAAUAAAAAGAAGGAAAAUAAAAUAAAAGCAAAACAUAUUAAGUAACGUAAAUUUAAAUAAGGAUUAUGUACGGUAUAAAAUGGAUAAAUGUUAAUAAUUAAUUUAUAGACAUCGGUAAAUUUAUAGUGUAAUUUUAAAAAAGUAUUUAAAAGUUUAUUAGAUUUAAUCUAAUUGCGAAUUGUAUUUUUAGCAAAAUUUUUCAUUUAAAAUUAUAAGCGUUUUGCAUUGUGUAAACAUUCUCAUAGAAUUGUCAAAAGAUGUCUCCAGUAUUGUUACUUUAAUUUAUAAAAAUUACAGUUUAUUAAUACUAAGAAAGAUUUGAGAAAUCGUUGUAAAGAAAGCAAAACAACAGACAAGGACUCUUGCUCGACUUUCCCUGCACCCAAACAGGAGUUAAUAAGACCAUUAGGAAUACGGAUAAUUUUCAAUUAUGUUACGAUAUAAUUCAAUGCUAUAAUAUAAAAUUUACAUUUAAAAAAUAAUAAUUUUGUCGAAUUGCGAUGAAAAUCUUCAUUUUAAAAAAUAAUGCGAAAUUCCACAAAUUAUAAAAAAAUUAAUGUGUGAUGCCAUCUGUUAUUAAAUAUACCGAACUCCCGAUUAUCGAUAAAGAUUUUAUUGUGGGACCUCAAAGUUUUACUGUUGAAUACAAGUUGAAAACCCCUGACCAAUUCUAUACAAUAUCGAUUCCACAUUUUAUACUCUAAUGAUGAUUGAUUUUGUACUCACAAUAGUAAAACAAUUGUUUAAAUCUUUAUAAUUAGUUAUUCUUCUGUUUUUAAUUGAACAUACACUUUUUACACGAUAAAUGAAACAAUUAAUUAAAUUAACUUCUCCCUACGCGAUGUUUAUAGUCCUUGAACACCUAUCAUUAUGACUGUAGUAAUCAAUACAUAUUUUGACUAUUUUAAUGCUCAAAAUUGUUUUCAGUGUAGAGCACCAUUAUUAACUGUAAAUUUGCAAGCUUAUGAAAUACUAUUCACGAACGAUAAUUUUAUACCUCCUUUUUUUUAAAUUAUUUUAUAACAGUUUAUUUAUAUUUAAUAUUAUAACGAAAAUCAUUUAAACAUGAAAAUCCUCUUCAAAAAUAUUAAAAGUGUUUCCUGUAACAAAAUAUAAUUGUGUUACUCAAAAAUAUCUGAUAACACUAUAUCUUUAACAAGUAAUUUUGAAACAGUAUUAGUUACUAGAAUUUAACUCUGUAACGAAAAUUAUUAUAAACUAAACAUGCUCUUCAGGAAGAUUUUUAGACAUAUUUACUGUAACUAAGGAUAAUUCUGUUACGAAUAUCUGAAUAAACUGUGUCUUCCAUACUUUAAUAAACAUUGAUUUAUUUGAUAUAAAUUAUUUCGUAUCAUGCGUAAUUUUUUUAAUUCUUUACUUGUGAUAAGUUGUUAUCCAAUUGUGAAUUUUUAGUUAUUGGUAAAAAUAAGGUCAAAACUAUGCUUAUAAUAAUAAUCGUUUCAAAAAAAAAGGUUAAACAAUGCAAAGGGAAAUAAAAUAUGAUCAUUUAUGCUUAAAGAAAUUAUAUAGUAUUUCAGAUUAAAAAACGACAGAAGCUGGUAUUGUAGCCAGGGAGUAGAAUAGUAUGUUUACACCGAUAUCAUAGACUGAGAAUGAUGAUUCAAAAUAUGAAAGAACAGUUGUUAUUCUGUAGAAGAAAUGUUAAAUUACGAAUAAUUAAACGUUCUGUCUUAUUUUUGUUAAUUCGUUUUAUUUAAUUCUGGUAAUUGUGUUUCUUAUUUAAGUGUUUUUUUGGCAAUUUUAUGGUUUUAUUUCAUAUAUAAUUGUGUACAAUUAGCAUCUGCUUUUAUUAAUUUUGCUGUACAGCACAGUUUAUAAAUAGAAUAGCUAGAGCUUAAUUGUUACGAAAUAUUAAACAGUAUAAAUUAUUACAUAUUUGUAACAUUUCAUUAAACCCGGUAUUGUGAAAAAGCAUAAAAACAAUAACGGAUAAAUUCUAAAAUCUAAUUUAAUAAUUAUUAUAUGAAUAAUUAAUUAAUCUUC